CUCCAACGAUGAUUGAGUCCAUUAAGCACCGAUUUGGGCGGAUUUAUUCCCGGUCAAUUUUUGGCAGAUUCUAAAGGGGGUAUCAUCACAUAUUUCGGGCGAUUUAUCCGAAAUGCCAUUUUCUUUCGAUUCUGGAGGCUACAGAUCACGGAAUCAGGCGGAGGCUAUUCUCCACCGAUAAUGAAGUCUAUUGACCCUAUUCUCCACGGAUGAUAAGUCCGUUAAGCAUCGAUUUGGGCCAAUUUAUUUUUGGAUGGCAUUUUCGAAAUUUCUUGGGCGACGAAAGGCCAUUUUCUUUGGAUAUUGAAGGCUACCGAUCACGGAUUCGGCUUGAGGCUAUUCCCCAAAGAUGAUUGAGUCCAUUAAGCACCGAUUUGGGCGGAUUUAUUCCGGGUCAAUUUUUGGCAGAUUCCAAAGGGGUACCAUCACAGAUUUCGGGCGAUUUAUCCGAAAUGCCAUUUUCUUUCGAUUCUGGAGGCUACAGAUCACGGAAUCAGGCAGAGGCUAUUCUCCACCGAUAAUGAAGUCUAUUGAUCCUAUUCUCCACGGAUGAUAAGUCCGUUAAGCAUCGAUUUGGGCCAAUUAAUUUUCGGAUGGCAUUUUCAUAAUUUCUUGGGCGACGAAAGGCCAUUUUCUUUGGAUAUUGAAGGCUACAGAUCUCGGAUUCGGCCUGAGGCUAUUCUCCAACGAUGAUUGAGUCCAUUAAGCACCUAUUUGGGCGGAUUUAUUCCGGGUCAAUUUUUGGCAGAUUCCCAAGGGGUACCAUCACAGAAUUCGGGCGAUUUAUCCGAAAUGCCAUUUUCUUUCGAUUCUGGAGGCUACUGAUCACGGAAUCAGGCGGAGGCUAUUCUCCACCGAUAAUGAAGUCUAUUGAUCCUAUUCUCCACGGAUGAUAAGUCCGUUAAGCAUCGAUUUGGGCCAAUUUAUUUUCGGAUGGCAUUUUCAUAAUUUCUUGGGCAACGAAAGGCCAUUUUCUUUGGAUAUUGAAGGCUACAGAUCUCGGAUUCGGCCUGAGGCUAUUCUCCAACGACGAUUGAGUCCAUUAAGCACCUAUUUGGGUUGAUUUAUUCCGGGUCAAUUUUUGGCAGAUUCCCAAGGGGUACCAUCACAGAAUUCAGGCGAUUUAUCCGAAAUGCCAUUUUCUUUCGAUUCUGGAGGCUACUGAUCACGGAAUCAGGCGGAGACUAUUCUCCACCGAUAAUUAAGUCUAUUGAUCCUAUUCCCCACGGAUGAUAAGUCCGUUAAGCAUCGAUUUGGGCCAAUUUAUUUUCGGAUGGCAUUUUCGUAAUUUCUUGGGCGACGAAUGGCCAUUUUCUAUGGAUAUUGAAGGCAACAGAUCACGGAUUCGGCCUGAGGCUAUUCUCCAACGAUGAUUGAGUCCAUUAAGCACCGAUUUUGGCGGAUUUAUUCCGGGUCAAUUUUUGGCAGAUUCCAAAGGGGUACCAUCACAGAUUUCGGGCGAUUUAUCCGAAAUGCCAUUUUCUUUCUAUUCUGGAGGCUACAGAUCACGGAAUCAGGCGGAGGCUAUUCUCCACCGAUAAUGAAGUCUAUUGAUCCUUUUCUCCACGGAUGAUAAGUCCGUUAAGCAUCGAUUUGGGUCAAUUUAUUUUUGGAUGGCAUUUUCGUAAUUUCUUGGGCGUCGAAAGGCCAUUUUCUUUGGAUAUUGAAGGCUACAGAUCACGGAUUCGGCCUGAGGCUAUUCUCCAACUAUGAUUGAGUCCAUUAAGCACCGAUUUGGGCGGAUUUAUUCUAGGUCAAUUUUUAGCAGAUUCCAAAGGGGUACCAUCAUAGAUUUCGGGCGAUUUAUCCGAAAUGCCAUUUUCUUUCGAUUCUGAAGGUUACAGAUCACGGAAUCAGGCGGAGGCUAUUCUCCACCGACAAUGAAGUCUAUUGAUCCUAUUCUCCACGGAUGAUAAGUCCGUUAAGCAUCGAUUUGGGCCAAUUUAUUUUCGGAUGGCAUUUUCGUAAUUUCUUGGGCGACGAAAAGCCAUAUUCUUUGGAUAUUGAAGGCUACAGAUCACGGAUUCGGCCUGAGGCUAUUCUCCAACGAUGAUUGAGUCCAUUAAGCUCCGAUUUGGGCGGAUUUAUUCCUGUUCAAUUUUUGGCAGAUUCCAAAGGGGUACCAUCACAGAUUUCGGGCGAUUUAUCUGAAAUGCCAUUUUCUUUCGAUUAUGGAGGCUACAGAUCAAGGAAUCAGGCGGAGUUUAUUCUUCACCGAUAAUGAAGUCUAUUGAUCCUAUUCUCCACGGAUGAUAAGUCCGUUAAGCAUCGAUUUGGGCCAAUUUAUUUUCGGAUGCCAUUUUCGUAAUUUCUUGGGCGACGAAAGGCCAUUUUCUUUGGAUAUUGAAGGCUACAGAUCACGGAUUCGGCCUGAGGCUAUUCUCCAACGAUGAUUUAGUCCAUUAAGCACCGAUUUGGGCGGAUUUAUUCCGGGUCAAUUUUUGCCAGAUUCCAAAGGGGUAUCAUCACAUAUUUCGGGCGAUUUAUCCGAAAUGCCAUUUUCUUUCGAUUCUGGAGGUUACAGAUCACGGAAUCAGGCGGAGGCUAUUCUCCACCGAUAAUGAAGUCUAUUGAUCCUAUUCUCCACGGAUGAUAAGUCCGUUAAGCAUCGAUUUGGGCCAAUUUAUUUUCGGAUGGCAAUUUCGUAAUUUCUUGGGCGACGAAAGGCCAUUUUCUUUGGAUAUUGAAGGCUACAGAUCACGGAUUCGGCCUGAGGCUAUUCUCCAACGAUGAUUGAGUCCAUUAAGCACCGAUUUGGGCGGAUUUAUUCCGGGUCAAUUUUUGGCAGAUUCCAAAGGGGUACCAUCACAGAUUUCGGGCGAUUUAUCCGAAAUGCCAUUUUCUUUCGAUUCUGGAGGCUACAGAUCACGGAAUCAGGCGGAGGCUAUUCUCCACCGAUAAUGAAGUCUAUUGAUCCUAUUCUCCACGGAUGAUAAGUCCGAUAAGCAUCGAUUUGGGCCAAUUUAUUUUCGGAUGGCAAUUUCGUAAUUUCUUGGGCGACGAAAGGCCAUUUUCUUUGGAUAUUGAAGGCUACAGAUCACGGAUUCGGCCUGAGGCUAUUCUCCAACGAUGAUUGAGUCCAUUAAGCACCGAUUUGGACGGAUUUAUUCUGGGUCAAUUUUUUGCAGAUUCCAAAGGGGUACCAUCACAGAUUUCGGGCGAUUUAUCCGAAAUGCCAUUUUCUUUCGAUUCUGGAGGCUACAGAUCACGGAAUCAGGCGGAGGCUAUUCUCCACCGAUAAUGAAGUCUAUUGAUCCUAAUCUCCACGGAUGAUAAGUCCGUUAAGCAUCGAUUUGGGCCAAUUUAUUUUCGGAUGGCAAUUUCGUAAUUUCUUGGGCGACGAAAGGCCAUUUUCUUUGGAUAUUUAAGGCUACAUAUCACGGAUUCGGCCUGAGGCUAUUCUCCAACGAUGAUUGAGUCCAUUAAGCACCGAUUUGGGCGAAUUUAUUCUGGGUCAAUUUUUGGCAGAUUCCAAAGGGGUACCAUCAUAGAUUUCGGGCGAUUUAUCGGAAAUGCCAUUUUCUUUCGAUUCCGGAGGCUACUGAUCACGGAAUCAGGCGGAGGCUAUUCUCCACCGAUAAUGAAGUCUAUUGAUCCUAUUCCCCACGGAUGAUAAGUCCGUUAAGCAUCGAUUUGGGCCAAUUUAUUUUCGGAUGGCAUUUUCGUAAUUUCUUGGGCGACGAAAGGCCAUUUUCUAUGGAUAUUGAAGGCAACAGAUCACGGAUUCGGCCUGAGGCUAUUCUCCAACGAUGAUUGAGUCCAUUAAGCACCGAUUUAGGCGGAUUUAUUCCGGGUCAAUUUUUGGCAGAUUCCAAAGGGGUACCAUCACAGAUUUCGGGCGAUUUAUCCGAAAUGCCAUUUUCUUUCUAUUCUGGAGGCUACAGAUCACGGAAUCAGGCGGAGGCUAUUCUCCACCGAUAAUGAAGUCUAUUGAUCCUUUUCUCCACGGAUGAUAAGUCCGUUAAGCAUCGAUUUGGGUCAAUUUAUUUUCGGAUGGCAUUUUCGUAAUUUCUUGGGCGUCGAAAGGCCAUUUUCUUUGGAUAUUGAAGGCUACAGAUCACGGAUUCGGCCUGAGGCUAUUCUCCAACUAUGAUUGAGUCCAUUAAGCACCGAUUUGGGCGGAUUUAUUCUAUGUCAAUUUUUAGCAGAUUCCAAAGGGGUACCAUCAUAGAUUUCGGGCGAUUUAUCCGAAAUGCCAUUUUCUUUCGAUUCUAAAGGUUACAUAUCACGGAAUCAGGCGGAGGCUAUUCUCCACCGAUAAUGAAGUCUAUUGAUCCUAUUCUCCACGGAUGAUAAAUCCGUUAAGCAUCGAUUUGGGCCAAUUUAUUUUCGGAUGACAUUUUCGUAAUUUCUUGGGCGACGAAAAGCCAUAUUCUUUGGAUAUUGAAGGCUACAGAUCACGGAUUCGGCCUGAGGCUAUUCUCCAACGAUGAUUGAGUCCAUUAAGCACCGAUUUGGGCGGAUUUAUUCCGGGUCAAUUUUUGGCAGAUUCCAAAGGGGUACCAUCACAGAUUUCGGGCGAUUUAUCUGAAAUGCCAUUUUCUUUCAAUUAUGGAGGCUACAGAUCAAGGAAUCAGGCGGAGGUUAUUCUCCACCGAUAAUGAAGUCUAUUGAUCCUAUUCUCCACGGAUGAUAAGUCCGUUAAGCAUCGAUUUGGGCCAAUUUAUUUUCGGAUGGCAUUUUCAUAAUUUCUUGGGCGACGAAAGGCCAUUUUCUUUGGAUAUUGAAGGCUACAGAUCACGGAUUCGGCCUGAGGCUAUUCUCCAACGAUGAUUGAGUCCAUUAAGCACCGAUUUGGGCGGAUUUAUUCCGGGUCAAUUUUUGGCAGAUUCCCAAGGGGUACCAUCACAGAAUUCGGGCGAUUUAUCCGAAAUGCCAUUUUCUUUCGAUUCUGGAGGCUACUGAUCACAGAAUCAGGCGGAGGCUAUUCUCCACCAAUAAUGAAGUCUAUUGAUCCUAUUCCCCACGGAAUGAUAAGUCUGUUAAGCAUCGAUUUGGGUCAAUUUAUUUUCGGAUAGCAAUUUCGUAAUUUCUUGGGCGACGAAAGGCCAUUUUCUUUGGAUAUUGAAGGCUACAGAUCACGGAUUCGGCCUGAGGCUAUUCUCCAACUAUGAUUGAGUCCAUUAAGCACCGAUUUGGGCGAAUUUAUUCUGGGUCAAUUUUUGGCAUAUUCCAAAGGGGUACCAUCAUAGAUUUCGGGCGAUUUAUCCGAAAUGCCAUUUUCUUUCGAUUCUGGAGGUUACAGAUCACGGAAUCAGGCAGAGGCUAUUCUCCACCGAUAAUGAAGUCUAUUGAUCCUA